AUGACAGAUCGCCGCCGGGUCAAUGGGCCCGCAGGAGGGACGCAGCCUCUCGUACCAGUCCCGCUGCCAACGCAUAGAACACAACGAAGUCGAAGACCUGACCAACUGCGAAACAUCUUUUUACAUACUGGCACGAUACCAGCUGCCAGCGGGUCUGCCUACUAUGAACUCGAAGCACCUUCCCAGGCGUCAACUUCUCCGCAGCCAAGAGUAAAAUUGUCGUGUGCAGUACAUGGGCCGAAGCCAUUGACUCGCAACGCCAGCUUCUCACCUAAUUUGCAACUGAGCGCCGCUGUCAAGUAUGCGCCGUUCGCAACGAGGCUUCGUCGUGGCUACAUCCGCGAUUCCACCGAGCGUGAUCUGGGUAUUCAUCUCGAGAAUGCGUUGAAGGGUCUGAUUAUACCAGACCGUUGGCCGAAAAGCUCUAUCGAGGUCUCAGUAUUGGUUCUCGAGGGAGAAGAUAACGAGGAUCUGAUAUCUGGACAGCCACUUGGAAGUGUGGCGGGUCAGAUAGGACUAAUGAACAUACUGGCGGGUUGCAUUACUGUGGCCACAGCAGCAUUGCUUGAUGCAAAAAUUGACUGCCUAGAUGUCAUGGCUGGAGGCGUGGCUGCUGUCGUGGCUAUGAAUGGCGCAGAGGAAAAGAUCCUUGAUCCCUCACCCGCAGAGCAUGAGUACAUGAGGUCAGCAUGCGUGGUUGGAUAUCUGCCGAACAGGGAUGAGGUUACCGAAGUCUGGACUACAGGCGCUAUCAUGGAACAGGGCAACGACGGAAACAAGUUCGACGACGUCGUGGACAGUGCUGUCAGUGCGGCCAAGGCCACAGCAUCGAUUUUGAUGGAGGUCCUGAUCGAGUCCGCCAAAACCCACAUCAAGACCUCAUCGAGCGAAGCAAAUAGCAUUCCCAAAUCGAAGCGACAGUCAACGAUGAAUGACAUCGAGAUGAAGACCUGA